GGCGGUGAGAAGCGCGAAUCCAAAAGGCGCGGGGCGUGGGUGGCGCGGGAGUGCCAGCGAGGAAGCCGGCCGGGAUCCAGAGAAUUGCCCACCGCUGUUUCUUGCCCAGGCCCGAAAAAAGCCAGAACCAGAGCCUAUUUGAACAGAAGGGCUUGCCAGAGGAAUUUUCCAAGUGCCCAAAGGCCAGCCCUUGAAGUGCCUGUGGUCAGCCCCGGAGGCCCUCGCUGAGAUUUGGGGAUCGGCUCCACCUCAGGCCAUGCCAGGCCAGGGUCUGCCCCUUCGAGUGGCCACCCUGCUCACGGGGCUGCUGGAAUGCCUUGGCUUUGCAGGAGUCCUCUUCGGCUGGGCAUCACUGGUGUUUGUCUUCAAAACAGAGCAUUACUUUGAGGAGCUAUGUGAACCGGAUGUGGGGCCGAUGGGCAAUGUCACAGGGGAGGCUGACUGCAAAGCCCAGGAUGAGAGGUUCUCACUCAUCUUUACCCUGGGGUCCUUCAUGAACAACUUCAUGACAUUCCCCGCCGGCUUCAUCUUUGACAGGUUCAAGACCACCGUGGCUCGUCUCAUAGCCAUUCCAGACUCAGCCCUGCUGCUCUUCCUGGCCAUGCCCAUGCUCACGGUGGGAGGAAUCCUGUUUCUGAUCACCAACCUGCAGGUUGGGAACCUCUUUGGCAAACACCGCUCAACCAUCAUCACCCUCUACAACGGGGCGUUUGACUCCUCCUCGGCAGUCUUCCUUGUCAUCAAGCUGCUUUAUGAACAGGGCGUCAGCCUCAGGGCCUCCUUCAUCUUCCUCUCAGUCUGCAGUGCCUGGCAUGUAGGGCGCACUUUCCUCCUGAUGCCCCGAGGCCACAUCCCCUAUCCACUGCCCCCCAACUACAGCUACGGGGGCUUCUGUGUCCGUAGCCUGCACUCCAGGACUGACACCACUGAGGGAGAGAAGAACACAGCGGAGUCUGAUAAGGUGGAGAUGCAGACCAAGGAGUUCCCUCCAGCAAAGGAAGAGACCCUGGAACCAGGGAGGAAGCAGGAGCACCGCUCUUUCUGGCGUUACGCCCUCUCCCAGCGCUUUGCCUGCCACCUGGUGUGGCUGUCUGUCAUACAGCUGUGGCAUUACCUCUUCAUCGGCACCCUCAACUCGCUGCUCACCAACCUGGCCGGCGGGGACAGAGCGCUGGUCAGCACCUACACAAAUGCCUUCGCCAUUACUCAGUUCUUCGGGGUGCUGUGUGCCCCCUGGAACGGCCUGCUCAUGGACCGGCUCAAGCAGAAGUACCAGAAGGAAGCCAAAAACACAGGUGAGGCCUGGGCUGCAGAGGGUCGGGGAACCAGGAGGGGAGGCAUCUUCAUGCAUGGCCAGAGCCACCUUCUCUUUUGUUCUUAAUCCUUUUCUCCUUGCAUCUAUCCAUCCAUCCAUCCAUCCAUCCAUCCACUAGUCGGUGAGCGUCUGUUAUGUGGCAGCCAUAGUUCCAGAUUCCACCAUGGACUGGGCCAAUAGGCCCUCAUUCUCAGGCCGUCCUCAGUCUAGAGAAUGAAGGGCAAGUAAUCAGGUGUCACCAUCCAUGAAGUCAGCUCACAGGGGGUGAUGGGGACGCAAAGAAGGGCACUUAGCCUAUUCUGGGUGAGGAUGGGCUUGAUGUCCCGGAAGGCUUCCUGGAGGAAGUGGCUUCUAAGCCGAGGCCUGAAGGAUGAGCAAGAAGAGAGGAGAUGAAGAGGAGGGCCCUGGGAGAACAGCCCAGGAAUACAGUGGGGUCAAGGUGAUGAAGAGCAAGCAAAACCUUGAAGACUCCCCGAAAGGAACUUGAGCUGGCUGGGGCGCCCAGGAGAAGGGGCUGAAUGGGGGAGAGGCGGGUGGCUGUGCUUAGGAGCAUGGACACGACCCUUGGACGUGCCUGGAGGAACAGAGGGGCGCUGAGUUACCCCCCUUCCCCGGUGCUGCCCCUCCUACCCCUGCUGGGGUAUUUUAGGACAAAUUGCAGGCAUCAGAUCAUUUCAUCUGUAAAUACUUCAGUCCGUGUCUCUCACAAAUAAAACCAUUUUUAUUGAAACAUCACCCUAAUAUCGUUAUCAUUAAACAAAACAGUAAUUCCUUAACACCCUCUAACACGCAGUCCUGUCCAGAUUUCCCAAAGUGUCUCAAAUAUGCCUUUUUCUAGUUGGUUUGUUCACAUUAGGACGCACACAGGGUCUACGCCAUUAUUUCGUUGAUGGCCUUACUCUUAUCUUUUUCAAUCUGUGCGUCCCCUCCCCUCCCCCCACGUUUUGUUUUUCUGGUUGUUUAUUUGUUGAAGAAACUGGGUCUUUUGUUCUAUCAGAUUUCCUCCAGAUUGGAUUUGGCAUCUUUUGGUAUCACUUAGAAAUGUUUUGCUGAUUGGGUAUUUCCUGUAAACAGGCAGAUUGGAGGCUUGAGGAGAUGCCGUUGAGUAUUUUUUGGCGAGCAGGCUUGGGAGGUGGAGCUGCGGGCUUCCUCUGGCUCCUGGCGGCAGCCCCCCGCCGGUCCCGACUGUCCCUGUUCUCACGAUGUUAGGAUUGAUCGGUGGGUCCAGACAUUGUCAGUCUGAUCCGCCCAGGACAGAGUUUCCCAUCAGCUGCACGGGUAAUGAUUUUAGUAGCUAUGGGUGAUCACUGCCGGGAUCCAUUAUUUUAUUAGGAUUGCAAAAUGGAGAUUUUCUAUUUCUGUCUUUCCUUCUGCUUUUAAUUGCUAGAGUUCCUCUAGAAAGAAAAGCUUUCCCUCAUUGACUGCUUUGUACCCUGAAAUAAGUGCUUGGUUUUUCCUAUGUGUACCAGUUUCAGAAUAACGACUUGGGUGCCCCAGCAACCUCUAGGGGGGGAUGACUUGUCGUUUCUCUUUUAUUUAAGUAAUUGAUUUACUUU